UGCAGGGUGUCGCCGUGGAGGCUCCCAUUCGAAGGCGACGGCGGUCGUCUACAUUUCGGUUCUAAUCUCUCCAGCCAGAGGGGGGGAAAAGAAAGAAAAAAAGAAGUAAUAAUUUCGCACUAGCGGCGAAAUUGACACGCGUUUGACUUUUGCCGGAUUUUUAUAUCCCCGAACUCGUCUCUCGGUCGAGCUUGUGGCGGCGGCGGCGGCGCUCUGGAAUGACGGGGUGUGCCGAGAAUUUGAAUUAGCUGCAGUUAGUUUGAAGGAAGAGUGAGUCGGGGGUAGAGAGAGAGAGAGAGAGAGAGAGAGAGAGAGAGAGAGAGAGGAGCCAUUUUGUCCCGACUGUGUGGGAGAAAAGAAAGAGUGGAAAAGAGGAAUCACACCGGGAGGAGGAGAUCCUGCUUGUUGCUUUCUGUUCUCAUGCUGUAAGAGAGAGAGGGAGAGAGAGAGACAGAGGAACAUUCACGUCGCGGACACGUCUACGGAUUCGGGUGCGUGUUUUAGCCCCAACUAGCUCCUCCAAGCUAAUCAACAACAAAUCCCAGAUUGUUUAACUGUGAACGAGUCAAAAAAGGAAGAAAAGGACCGGUUGUGUCUGCUGGACCGGAAGGAGCUGGCUUCAGACGUGCACACGGGCCGUUGUUAGGUUAUUCCAUCUUUUUUUUGUUUUGGGGGGGGGGGGUCAUCUCUAUCUGGGUGGACACAAGUUUUUUCCUCCGCUUUUCCAAUGGCGAAGAAGACGUACGACCUGCUGUUCAAGCUGCUGCUCAUCGGGGACUCGGGCGUGGGGAAGACCUGUGUGCUGUUCCGCUUCUCCGACGACGCCUUCAACACCACCUUCAUCUCCACCAUAGGAAUUGACUUCAAGAUCAAAACUGUUGAAUUGCAAGGAAAGAAGAUCAAACUACAGAUCUGGGACACAGCGGGACAGGAGCGGUUCCACACCAUCACCACCUCCUACUACAGAGGAGCCAUGGGCAUCAUGCUGGUCUACGACAUCACCAACGCCAAGAGCUUCGAGAACAUCAGCAAAUGGCUGCGCAACAUUGACGAGCACGCAAAUGAGGACGUCGAAAGGAUGCUGCUAGGCAACAAGUGUGACAUGGAGGACAAGAGGGUCGUACCAAAAGCCAAGGGGGAGCAGAUCGCGAGGGAGCACGGCAUUAGGUUUUUUGAGACGAGCGCUAAGGCCAACAUCAGCAUCGAGAAGGCUUUCCUCACGUUAGCGGAAGACAUACUCAGAAAGACGCCUGUAAAAGAGCCCAACAGUGAAAACGUCGACAUCAGCAGUGGAAGUGGAGUCACAGGCUGGAAGAGCAAGUGCUGCAGUUGAACAACUCCUCUGUCUCACUCACACUAACACACACACACAGACACGCACGCACGCACGCACACACACACACAGACACGCACGCACGCACGCAUGCACACACACACACACACGACACACGACACACAGCGACUCUCUCUCUCUCUCUCACUCUCUCUAACGGCUAACUCUAACUCUCUUGCCCUCUAACCUGUCUCAUGAGUUUUUCUUGCACACUGACUCUCUCUCUCUCUUUUAUCAGAAUAAAACAAUAAACCACUUCACUUGUUUAAUCCUCCUCCUCCCCCGCCUUUCCUCCCUCCUCCUCCUCCUCCACCAUCCUCCACCAUCUUCCUCCUCCCACUCCACCAUAUUUUUUUUUCCAUCUGAUGAUCCUUUUUAUUUCUGAUAAAAAGAGAAAUCCAGUCACGUUUCUUGUCAUUUGUUUUAAAGGUUGUUGAAAAAAAAGAAGAAAAAAAAAAGUGUGAAAAGACAAGCUCAUGUUUUUAAUAUUUCCUUUGCCUGAGCUCACCUGGUUGGACACCCCUCACCUUCUUAACCCCACCCCCACCCCCCUUAUAACCCACAGCACUCACCUUCAGUCAGAGGAAAUAAAAAUAAAAAAUAAUUAAAAAAAAAAAAAACGAAGAAGACAAAUGUAGGAUUAACAUUUUGUACAUUACGUGAGCUUUCUGUUGUCUAACCAUAUUCGGUCAUUUUACGAUUUGUUACCAAGUGACGGAGGCGUGGCCAGCUCCUUUUGUAAUGUGGGGGUUUAUUUUUGUCCUGUGCCUUAUAUGGAAGACAGGGGCGGGGCUGUGUGGUGGGCGGAGCCACAUCCACCCAAUUUAAAAAUUACCAGUUUAAUAUUCUGUCGGUUCUGACGAGCCGAAGCGGAAACGUUUGAAUUUCUCCUCCAGCCAAGAGAACGGCAUUAUACAGUAUGUCCUGUUUAUUGAUGUGUUUUGUGUUUUUGUCCGAUUUAUUUUACUUUUUAUUUUCAUUUUUUUCCUUAUUUGGGUUGAAUUUUAUUUUGGUUCUUUUUUUCUUUUUUUUUUCCUGCAUGCAGAUUUCUUUGAGUUGGAAGCGUUUCUGUAACGUCGUGUAACGUUUGCCACUGGGUAACUGUGGGAGGGAGGUUACGCAAGUUCUCUUUGGAAAUUCAAACAAUUUUUGCUGAUCCAUUAAAAAUAAGCUUGUUUAAGUUAAA